AUGCCCGGGCCAGGACCGAGGCCUUGGCAUUGCUCUGAGAUGCUGCUACUGCUGAUGCUGCUAGUGGUCUUGCAGCCGCCGCCGGCGGGCGCCCUGUCUCCGCCUGAGAAGGGCUUCCAGGGCUUCCCGGGACCCUCAGACUUGGAGUCUGAUCAGGACGCCUCCAGAAUCCCGGAGUUGCCGAAACGCUACGAGGACCUGCUGACUAGGCUACGGGUGAACCGGAGCUGGGAAGACUCGAACUCCGACCUCAACCCUGCCCCUGCCGUCCGGAUACUCACCCCAGAGCUGCAGCUGGGGUCCGACGGCCACCUGCACCUGCGCGUCUCCCGGGCCGCCCUGACCAAGGAUAUCCCCGCUGCCUUCCGCCUGCAGCGGGCCCUGCUCCGGCUGUCCCCGACGGCGCUGACAACGUGGGACGUGACGCGGCCGCUGAAGCGUCAGCUCAGCCUGGGAGGACCCCGGGCCCCCGUGCUACGCUUGCGACUGUCGCCGCCGUCCGACCAGUGGCGGGCCCUGUCGCCGUCGGCGCCGCCGCAGUUGGAGCUGCGCUGGCGGGCGCGCGCCGCCAGGGGUCGCCGCUGGGCACGCGCGCGCUCCCAGGACGACUGCCCGCUGGGGCCCGGGCGCUGCUGCCGCCUGCGCACCGUGCGCGCGUCGCUCGAGGACCUGGGAUGGAGCGACUGGGUGCUGUCGCCGCGAGAGGUGCACGUGGGCGUGUGCGUCGGCGCGUGCCCGAGCCGGUUCCGUUCGGCCAGCAUGCACGCGCAGGUCAAGGCGCGCCUGCACGGCCUGAAGCCCGACUCCGUGCCCGAGCCCUGCUGCGUCCCCUCCAGCUACCAGCCCCUGGUGAUCAUGCAAAAGAGCGACGGUGGCGUGUCGUUCCAGACCUACGACGACCUCAUAGCCAAGGACUGCCACUGCGCAUGA